UCAAUUUAGCUUUCUCAAAUCAUCAAAACUUCUCCAAAAUUAAAUCUAUAAUUAUAAAACAGCUCCACAAUGUUAGUUUAAACGCUUGAGCUAGAUAAAUGUGCACUGAUGCAUAUCCAGUAGUUUGUGCGGAGAGUGAAAGCUGAAGCGCGCUUUACAGGACGCGCAAGAAUGAUCACUUGCAUUGGAAACAUUUCAAAAUACGCUGUCAUUUUUGCUCAUAAAGAGCAAUGGCCUCCUUGGUGGGAGAACUGAGGGAAAUCAUCCUCAGGGCUUUGCCGUCAAAUGAUGAGGACACCACACAGCUUUUGAUCGACAGACUUGUAGACUCUGGAUUGGAAUCCAAAGAUGAUCUUCAGUUUGUUCAACAAGAAGACGUCAGUGAAAUACUACCAACUAUAAAACUCAGAAAGCUUCUCAAUGCUUUUAAAAUGGAGUCAGAAACUGUUACUUUGGAUCUCACUAUCAUGCAGCACACUCCUUCCUUAUCAGCUGGGAGCUCCUCACCACAGCCAUGCUCUUCUAAUAUGUCGGUCUCUACUGAUAGAGAAUCAAGCAGUCUUAAAGACAAUCAGCCAUCUACAUCCCAUAUUAGGAAAACAUGGCCAGAUACCUUCCAGGUACCAUGGCAGCUCAUGCCUGUAGAAAUUCAGUCUGCUAUCUCCUCUGGGAAGAGACCUUCACCACCAGCAAGACGACAGAUGGUCAGGGUUCUUGCUGACGAAAUGAGAAAAUUUGAGCCAACCCCAACACGUGCACAGUGUCUUACAAUUUGUAAAUCUAUUGUCCAUCAGUAUGCCCAGAGCUUUGCGGAUCAGCUUCAUGAUGGUCGAAUUGUAGGGGAAGGUUACAGCUCACUUUUGGCCCAGAUCAAGACGAGAAUAGAGAACCUCAGUCGGACCACCAGCUUCAGAGAGCACCGGUCAUCAGGCAGUGGUGUUAAAAGAGGACCCACUGACACAUACGGUUGCACGCGGUUCCAGCCUGAUCUCCCUUUAGAGGAAACUGAUGACUCCAUUGAGAGUAAACGUCAGAAGCUGGAGGAUCUCUACCGUCGAGAAGGAACAAAGGGAGCUGAAAAAUCAGAGGUAGAACAACUGAUGGCGACAACUUUCUGCCUGCAACGAAGCCCAAUAAAUAGUGUGCCAGCACCUUCUGUUGCAGAGUUAAUGGAAAAGUGGCCAUACCUCUUCUUUCAGAAAGGCCUGUUCGCACAUUUUGAGCUUCUCACUGACAUCAAAGUGCUGCGUGCUCUCGAGCUUUCUAUGGAGGAGUGUGGAAGGAGCAUUGUAGAGUUUUUUAAAAGCAAGCCUACCAACUCCGAAGUAAAAUCAAUCCUUUCCAAAGAUGAAGCCAGUGAUUCUUCUUACCUUGUGGUUCGACUCCUAAUGGCUCACUUCGCAGAAAAGCAGGAAGGACUUAUUCUUCAAGAAAAUAUGUCUGCCACUUCUGCUGACCUCGAGAAGACUGGUAACCUGCCUGUGACUCCUCGUUUGAUCCUGCUUGGUGAAAAUCCGGGGCAAUGGAUGAAACGGUGGAUGAUCAGCCUGGAAGGCCGAAUAAUCUGCGGUGUGCAGCCAACUUUUCUCACUGGACUUGCUGCAUUGUUCUCUUUGUAUUACAUCUUUAAUCUGCAGUACCAGGAGGAAGCAGCAUCCACACUGGAAUUCCUUCAAAGACGUUUUGUUGGAAUAAAUCCUGAAAAGGGGACCAAGGCUGCCAGAGGAAAAGUUACAUCCAAAAAAACUGGGAAAACGGUGCAAAAGAAAACCAUAACCGUCAACACCAAAGUGUCAAACCUCUUAAAGAGACUUAUGGACUUUGAGUGGGACUUCAUUUAAAAAAAAUGUAGUUGACAACCCCACACCCAUGCAGGUUGGUUUUUGAAAAAUGUGCUGGCCUGGUGAGUUGCACUUUGUUUAUACCAAGUUAUUUAGGUAUUAAAAAUGCUGAUGCUUUGUUAAAGCAUGUUGUUUAUUUUAUUAUUUUUAAUAAUUUGUUUGUUUCAGUGCAAUUGUUUUUGGAGUAAUGUUUGAAGCCUGAUUCGAUAUAUUGUUUGUUUUUGUUUGUUUGUUUGCUUUUUCGUAAGCCAUUUUUGUAUUUUGAUAUGUUGAUGGGUGUUUAUUUUUUUAUGUGCACUGAAUAUUACUUGAAUACUUUUACAUUUUUA